GCGCUUUGCAUGGCGGGUUUCUGACACUUGCGUUACGUGGCGUAUGAUAACCUAUUAUUCAUCAUUUUAUUUCUCCCGUAAACGUGGUCAUACUUUUUGGUCAUGAUCAAUCGAACUAAUUUUAGCGUUAAAAUUCAAAGCUGAGCGGAAUUUUCAUAUAUGAAUGCUGUAGUAGGUUGAACUAUCUGCUUGUUUUGAUUCCCAGAUUGUCGUAAUUUGAUGCUUGUGUUAUUUUUUGAUUGUCGUCUGUCGCUUUCCGUUGUACAUCUGAAUGAACUAUAAGCUUACUGGGUUGUCGAGUCAUAUCUUCACUUUUAAUGUCUUUGCGCUACCCCGGCUACUUAUAAAUACCUUUUGGCCUGAUACGAUCCGCUGCAAUUUAAUAUAUUUAUCCAAAUGGAUGAGUGAAUUUCGCGUCAAAGUUCGAGACCUGUCACUUUACACGUGAUUGGUUCGUCCAUAAAUUAUGGUCUCGCCGUGUCUGAUGUAUGAUUAAGUAGGAAGAAAACCAUGCGCAAUCAAAUCAAAACGUGACACCAGUCCAAUUAACGAUCGAAUGAAGCCAUUUUAACAGGUCCGCGUGAAUAUCGUAGCUAAUGAUCAGAGACUUUAAAUGACAUAGUAUAGAACGUUUGCAAUUGCACGGGUCCAUCCAUUCUUCGUCUUCUUAAGUUCCAAGUUUCUAAAUUCCUCAUAAUCUUUUCACUAGACUGAUUUGUGUGUGCUUGUACCGUUACGCUAGUCAAACCAAAAUCUCAUCAAAUAUAUAAGCCUAAGUAAUUGCACGCUUCCUGUUUGUGCUGUAAGUGGUAACCGUAGUACAAAGUUAUUUAGACGGAAGUUGACCAUAUUUCCUCAGUAGUUAACUGUAGUCCAACUUAUAUAGAAACAGUUCAUCAUCAUGUUAUGAGAAAUCCGCAGUUGGAUAAUAUACCUGUUUUUUGCUUAACAUAAGGGAGUCAAAGUACUAAUCAUAUGUUGAUACAUUCCGUAAAGUGCUACGCUUUCACGUAUUUUAUUGUAUAUUUAUGUCAAUUGAUCAGUUUGGUAACUUGGACCGAUGAAUAUAUGUGUCUGGUCCUACGUUGUAGCUGACUGACUAAUUACUGGGUUUUACACCGCUUCUAUCCGUACAAAGUACAAGCUUCUUGAACCAUUUACUGUCACUCAUAGUCAAAUUCUAGAUAAUUUAUAUAUGUACACAAAAAAACUUACGGCGCGUUUUAAAUGUAGCAUGUGAUUGUCGUCUAAUAGCAUGAUUAUAUCUUACGAUAUAGUGUUUAUCGUCAUGUAAUAACUCUUUAAGUCAUUCACAUCUAAUACAAAAAUGAUAAGUACUUCUCAGCGCGAAACUAACUCAGUUUAUUUUGUCCAUUACCAUUAAUUUAUGUAUUUGUAGGUAAACCAGUAAAGUAAUACUGGUAUGUAUGAGCAAAGAUUGUUUCGAAAAAUCAUGUUUAGCUGACUUUAGUGCUUGGAUCAUGCAAAGUUGGAAAUGCUGUUCUUUUGUUGUAGGAGAAUUAUGUUGGUUUUGGUUUGAAACGUUUCAGUCCUAGCUACUACUCCAUCCAUAAAUACAUGUCUUCCGUCAUAUUACUUCUCUAAUUGAAAUAUUUGUUUGUGGGCGAAAGUAUUUAUGUAACUAAGUCUAUUGGGUUUCAACGUUUUAGGUAAAAAAAAGGAUGGUUCAUAAUCCGACUGAUGAUAUUGAUUUAAAAGUGUCAACACUUGAUCCAGAUAUACAAAUUGGAGAAGUGUAUAAAGUUUUACGAUCUACUGGUCAAUACUAUCCUGCCGCUGUAAUUGAAGGUCGUAUAGAUGGUAAUGGGAAUAAAGAAUAUUAUGUUCAUUAUUGCAAUCACGACCGUAGAUUAGAUGAAUGGGUUACAUCUGAACGAAUUGACUGUUCUGCAAAGCUUAAAAUUCCAUGCGAGUCGUCUCUUAACCAGUUAACAGAUUCUGCUGGGUGUGAUGUCCGAUUCACCAGAAAUCAGAAACGCAAGUUGGAAGAAACUUCCAAAGUUCUUCAAGAAAGUGACUCUUUAGACUCUACUACGCAAAAAUUGGAGCUUGAAUAUCAAGAAUUUACUCGAGUGAAAUUUAUUGAUCAGAUACAAUUUGGCAAGUACGAAAUUGACACAUGGUAUUUUUCACCUUAUCCCGAAGAAUUUAGACAAGUGAAAAAGUUAUGGAUAUGUGAAUAUUGUUUAAAAUAUAUGAAGUAUUCAGAAACAUGGUUAAACCAUAUAAAAUAUGAUUGUAAAGCAAAACGACCUCCUGGUAAAGAAAUAUACAAUCAUGGAAAUCUAUGCGUUUUUGAAUUAGAUGGCAAUGUACAAAAGCUUUACUGUCAAAAUCUAUGUCUGUUGGCCAAAUUGUUUCUAGAUCAUAAAACACUUUAUUAUAAUGUCUCACCAUUUAUAUUCUAUGUUCUAUGUGAGAUAGACAAUGAUGGAGUACAUCUUGUUGGUUAUUUUUCCAAGGAAAAAGUAUCUGCUGAUAAUUAUAAUCUUGCAUGUAUCUUAACUUUACCACCAUUUCAACGUCGUGGAUAUGGUCAUUUCUUAAUUAGUCUCAGUUAUGAAUUAGCUAAAAUUGAACAAAUUGUUGGUACACCAGAGAAACCUCUCUCCGAUUUAGGUCGUUUAAGUUAUCGUAGUUAUUGGGAAAAGGUGAUAUUGAAUUUUCUAUUAGAAAAUCCUAAUUGUACAAUGAAUGAAUUAAGUACAAAAACAUGUAUUGCCAUUGAUGAUAUUAUUUGGACAUUACAAUAUCAUCCAAUUAUUAAUAAUUGGCAACAUGGUCAUCAAAUAUGCCUGCAUCGUGAUACUAUACAACAAUAUUUGAAUCAAUUAAAUGAUGAACAUUCUAUGAAAGCCUUUCGUACAGAUGGUAAAGAACAACGGAAAAAUCGUAAAUUGAUGCAUAAAAACUCUUUUGUAUUGGAUAUCAAUCGAUUGAAAUGGGAUCCACCAAUUAAAUCAUCACAGAAUAACAAAGAAAGUCAAAUGUAAUUAGUGCUGUUACUUAUUUUUUUUUGUGUGUAUGUACAAAUUCAGUGACUACUGUUAUUAUCAUCGUCAGUAGUAAUGAGAUUCUCUUUAAAGUUUUAUUUUGUUUUUAUAAUCAACUAUAUUUUUUUGAUUUAUUUAAUUGUGCUAUUAUUAAUUAGUGCAUGAAGUUGAUCUCUUUCAACAUUUCGAUGUAAAUACAAGUUGUUUUUUUUAAAGAAAUUGAAAUUAAAUGUGCAUUUAUCGUCCAUCU